AAGAAAAGCACAGCAACCUAGAAAUACACCAGGGGUGGAAAAAGAGAGAGCCGCAGAACAACAGACCCGGCCGCAGAACAACAGACCCGGCCGCAGAACAACAGACCCGGCCGCAGAACAACAGACCCGGCCGCAGGACAACAGACCCGGCCGCAGGACAACAGACCCGGCCGCAGAACAACAGACCCGGCCGCAGAACAACAGACCCGGCAGCAGGACAACAGACCCGGCAGCAGGACAACAGACCCGGCCGCAGAACAACAGACCCGGCAGCAGGACAACAGACCCGGCCGCAGGACAACAGACCCGGCCGCAGAACAACAGACCCGGCCGCAGAACAACAGACCCGGCCGCAGAACAACAGACCCGGCAGCAGGACAACAGACCCGGCAGCAGGACAACAGACCCGGCAGCAAAACAACAGACCCGGCAGCAGAACAACAGACAGUCCCGGCCGCAGAACAACAGACCCGGCCGCAAGACAACAACAACCUAG